AUGUCAGAUGAAUUUGAUAUUGAAGUUAAUUUUGAAUAAAAUAGUUCAAUGACUUUUGAAAUGUUUGAAUUUAUAUAAAAUCAUAGAGGACAUAAUAGUGUAAGAUUCCCAAAGGCAGGGAUUAAGAUUAAUAAUGAAGGAUUAACAUCUACCAAUGGAGAAUAAAUAAAAACAACUAAGGAAGCCAUAACACAUUAAUAAAUAAAAAUUGGAGAUGUCAUUGGUUAAGGAGUGUCAAGUUACGUUUGUAGAGGACUCUAUAUACCAUAUAAUUGUUAAGUAGCAUUAAAGGUUUAUUUAUAUUCUAAAUAUUAAGAUAAUCAACGUUUUUGACAAGGAUAAACGACAUUAGAUGCUAAAUGAUCUUAGUACAUUACUAAAUGGUAUAGAAUGCGAAUAAUUGAUAAAAUUUUAUGGAGCCUAUUACGAGGAAGGUAUCUCAUUAAACAAAAAAUUCAGGAACUAUAAGAUUAGUGCUAGAAUACAUGGAUUAAGGAUCUUUAAGAAGCAUAAUUCAAUAGAUAUAUAAAAAUAACUUAAUUGAAUUGAUAAAUGAACAAAUAAUAGCAACAAUAACUUACAAUAUUCUUCUAGGGUUAUAAUAUUUACACUAAUAAAAACAUUAACUUCAUCGAGAUAUUAAACCUGAAAACAUUCUCAUUAAUAGUUUAGGAUAAAUAAAACUAACAGAUUUUGGAAUCAGUAAAUAAUUAGAAAAUACAAUUGCAAUAGCCAGAACAUUUGUUGGCACUCUAAUGUACAUGUAACUAGCAAUUCAUUUGAUUUGUAUUAUUUUACUAGGUCUCCAGAAAGAACUGAAGGAAAGAAUUACUCUUAUGCAUCUGAUAUAUGGUCAUUAGGAUUGAUUAUAUAUGAAUUAGCAACCGGUAAACAUCCUUAUGCAUUUUAAAACAAAUAAAUGACUUACAUUCAAAUGAUAUAAAAUAUACUUAAAUCUGAUUCUCCAAAAUUAGAUAAUCAUCCUUAUAGUAUAGAAAUGAAAGACUUUUUGAAUAUCUGGUAUGAUAUAUUGAUUUAGUUAGUCUUAAUAAAGAUUAAAACAAACGUUUAGAUGCAUAAACUUUGUUACAACAUAAUUGGAUUAUAAAGAAUACAUAAAAUUAGCAAUAUAUUCAAUAAUGGAUAUUAAUGAAGGAUCAAAAAG